GUAGGUCCCUGAUUACGGUUUGUUUCUUUCGUAUUAACCAUGUAUCUAUAAUAUAAUAAUUCACAGAAAAUGAUUGCACAUACGAAUGAUGUUAUGACUACAGUAAGAAUAGUUUUUUACAAUAUAAAUAAAUAAAUCUUUGUUCAUUCCAUUCUCUUUUGCGAAGACACUUUUAUUCAACGGCAUUUUUUAAAUAUUUUUUACGAACGGUUACAAUAACACGGUGCCUAUACCACGUGAUUUUUUAAGAUCUGUGUGGGGACUAAAAUGUCAACAAAAGCGCGACAAAGGAUAUGAUGAGUUGAUCGAAAAGAGGUGCCUUCAAAUGCUUGCUGUGUAACCAACAGAACAAAUGGAUUACCAUUACAGUUUGACAAUUUUAUUAUGGGAUCAUGUCGGAGACUACACAGACUGUUACAGACAACGCCACAGAGCAAGUCCGGGGUGUCCUAACAGAUACAGCAGCCGAAGACACCUGAGUAGCGCCAUGAGUCAGGUGUCUGACUUCAGCCGUCAGACCUUGGUUCAGCAUGGACAAGAGCUGAUAUCUGUGCUUCCUACCCUAGCGAGACCUCAAAGAUCUGUGACACCCGCGCGACCAAGGAGAGCCCCGAUCCUCCGACAACCCACAGGUGACAGACGAAGAUCCACCAUUGUAAGGUUCAAGGCCUGUGCGCUCGACCACCCGCUCUACACAUCAACAGCAACAGUGAAUCACACAGAGUUGUUAACCAAAGGUCUGGGUAGGCAACCAGACACCACCUUCUCCCUUCGGUCUACUGGGACACAGUCUGACCUGAGAAACAAGAUCAUUGAGUUGUAUCCUAUUCUCCACACUAUACCUUUUGAGUUGAUGGUGGGUCAGGCACGAUGCAAGUUGGAGUUGAUUCCAAGGGAAAAGUCUCUUCAAGAGCUGAAAGCAGAUACCAAAUUGUGUGGCUUUGUAAGACUCUGGGUCCUACCAGACUACCAUAUUGGUUCCCAGAUAACUGCUCCUACAUCAUCCGCCUCAAUGCCAACCGUCACGCUUACACCAGCCAUCCUGUCAACACCAGCAGUCAGGAAUACGCCAGCCAUCCCAUCAACGCCAGCCAUCAUGACUACGCUAACCCAUCAAUGCCAGCUGUCACGACUAUGCCAGACAUUCCGUCAACACCAGCCGACACGACUUUGCAAGCCAUCCCGUCAAUGCCAGCCAUCAUGUCAACGCCAGCCAUCCUGUCAACGCCAGCCAUCCUUACUAAACCAGCUAUUGAGAUUGACUAUGAUUUACAGAUUGACGUUCCAGAAAUUCAGAAUGCACAGAGUGAUUCCCUAUAUGAACCAGCUGGGACACCCAAGGUUCUCUUUCGACGUCAACAGACUGUCUUUGACAUAGCCAGAGACAUGGACCAGCCUGAUGACCUGACAGCCAACCAGUCAUCAGCCGUUCUGAAUGAGUUCAUCGCUGCUGUUCAAACAGCACAAGCCAUUCUCCGUGUAACAGAUACUGCCAGAGAGCUGCUCCAACAACUAGCCAGUACGUGCAUCACCGGUCCCAUUACAGACCCUAUGCUCCUGGAGGUGAGACGAAACCAUGUCAUGAAAGACGCCCUAGUCACCAUACAGUACUCACAAGAUGACCUCAGCAGCAAACUCCAGAUCAACUUCAUCGGUUCUCCUGGGCGCCUCACAUUCAGGAAGAACUAUGUGGAGCUUGAGAAAAACACCUUUUUCUACCUUGGCCAGCUGGUGACUCUCUAA